ACUGAGGCGCGGAGGUGCAAUUCAGGCUGGUGGAGCAGCGGGGGAAGGCAGGGACAGGCGGGGCUAACUCGGCUCUGCAGCUGAUCACACGCACCAGCACACACACCUCAUUCCCGCCGCCCCAGCUUGCGCCUCUCAUCCUGCACCCCGGCGUGGACAGGGAGUAGGGUACCUAGGAAGGGAAAGGCAAAGGUUCAACAGUGAGGCAGAGGAAAAGCUGGAGAGGCGCUAGUGUUCAACCUGAAAGUCUGACCUGCAGCCCAAGGCUCCAACCUUGUCCAGCAGCACGGCUGUCGACUGGAAGGAGGGCACCGCGCCAAGGAACCCAGAGUCUCGCUCCUGAGCCUGCCUGGGGUCAACGCGCUAAGAUCUUCUGGCGAGGACAGUGUGGUGCCCUCAGGGAAGUGCGGAGCUUAAGGGACCGGCAUUGAAGCUCUUCAGGGUACAUCAGGAAAAGUGGGAAGGAGGAAAACAGCCCCGAACACCGGGUGCGAGGCCAGGCUGCUGCUGCCUCUUGCAGUGCGGACUCCUGCCCUCUCCCGCUGGGUGAGUGCCCCGGCUUUCAGCACUCGCCUAAGAGCGUGGGUGGCUAGGGGGCCUUUGAGGGUCCACCCGAGGGCCCUGGUGGCGCCUGUGGAAACUCAGCCGCCCGCUCACGUCAGGCGAGCAGGUCUCUGGAGUCCAGAGCGGGGGAUUCUGAGCCACGAGGGCGUGGGUAGGGGGCGUUGCACCACUGCCCAGCAGAAAUGUCUUUGGGCGGGAUUUUGGCUAAAAGAUAGGAGGCGGGAGCGCCAGGGGCAGCCGAAAGCAGUCCCGGCGGGCAAGAGAUCAGGUAGCAGCGGGGAGGGGGGAGGGUCUGGUCCAAGCAGGUAACGCAGCUUUGGCAGCCUGGGGAGUUGGCAGGUGGGGUGGGACUUGCCUAUCAAGUCCUUAAUUUUAAGCAGUCAGUUUGGAGGCGCUGCAGGAUAGUCAGGAGGACAGUGGAAAGGUAAGAGGUGGCCCGGGAUGCCGCUGGUGGGGGAAGAAAAGAGGAUCCUGGAAAAGCUUGGAGGCAAAAUUGCACUUGGGUUUCUGGUCCUUGCAUCCCUCCUGCCUUGAGUGCGGGAGAACACUUUUUGUUUUAAUACUCAGCUUGGAAAUAAAGCCUCCGUCCCAGGGGAGGAAGAGGAUUCUGCAGGGGCCAGAGACCGCAGCUACCUACAGGGUGUGCCCCCCACACAACGAGCGCCCGCUUUUGCCCCUUCCCCCACCCCCACCUUUUUAUUGGUGCUGGUUUGCAGCGCUUGGCUCCUGCGCCUUCGCUUCGCUUUUGAAUCUGGCUCGCCCCUCCAUAUUAUGUCUGCAAUCCGAAGGAAAUUUGGGGACGAUUACCAGGUAGUGACCACCUCGUCCAGCGGCUCAGGCUUGCAGCCCCACGGGCCGGGCCCGCAGCAGCAGCUUGUGCCCAAGAAGAAGCGACAGCGGUUCGUGGACAAGAACGGCCGGUGCAAUGUGCAGCACGGCAACCUGGGCAGCGAAACAAGCCGCUACCUCUCGGACCUCUUCACCACGCUGGUGGACCUCAAGUGGCGCUGGAACCUCUUCAUCUUCAUCCUCACCUACACCGUGGCCUGGCUCUUCAUGGCGUCCAUGUGGUGGGUAAUCGCUUACACUCGGGGCGACCUGAACAAAGCCCACGUUGGCAACUAUACGCCUUGCGUGGCCAAUGUCUACAACUUCCCCUCUGCCUUCCUCUUCUUCAUUGAGACCGAAGCCACCAUCGGCUAUGGCUACCGAUACAUCACCGACAAGUGCCCCGAGGGCAUCAUCCUCUUCCUCUUUCAAUCCAUCCUGGGUUCCAUCGUGGAUGCCUUCCUCAUCGGAUGCAUGUUCAUCAAGAUGUCCCAACCCAAGAAGCGCGCCGAGACCCUCAUGUUUAGUGAACACGCGGUGAUCUCCAUGAGGGACGGAAAACUCACGCUCAUGUUCCGGGUGGGCAACCUGCGCAACAGCCACAUGGUCUCCGCGCAGAUCCGCUGUAAGCUGCUCAAAUCUCGACAGACACCUGAGGGUGAGUUCCUUCCCCUUGACCAACUUGAACUGGAUGUAGGUUUUAGUACAGGGGCAGAUCAACUUUUUCUUGUGUCCCCCCUCACAAUUUGCCACGUGAUCGAUGCCAAAAGCCCCUUUUAUGACCUAUCCCAGCGAAGCAUGCAAACUGAACAGUUCGAGAUUGUCGUCAUCCUAGAAGGCAUUGUGGAAACAACUGGAAUGACUUGCCAAGCUCGAACAUCAUACACUGAAGAUGAAGUUCUUUGGGGUCAUCGUUUUUUUCCAGUAAUAUCCUUAGAAGAAGGAUUCUUUAAAGUUGAUUAUUCUCAGUUCCAUGCAACAUUUGAAGUCCCCACCCCACCUUACAGUGUGAAAGAGCAGGAGGAAAUGCUUCUCAUGUCAUCCCCUUUAAUAGCACCAGCCAUAACUAACAGCAAAGAAAGACAUAAUUCUGUGGAGUGCUUAGAUGGACUAGAUGACAUUAGCACAAAACUUCCAUCGAAGCUGCAGAAAAUUACUGGAAGAGAAGACUUUCCUAAAAAACUCUUAAGGAUGAGUUCUACAACUUCAGAAAAAGCCUACAGUUUGGGAGACUUGCCCAUGAAACUUCAACGAAUAAGUUCAGUUCCUGGCAACUCAGAAGAAAAACUGGUAUCCAAAACCACCAAGAUGUUAUCUGAUCCCAUGAGCCAGUCUGUGGCUGAUUUGCCACCAAAGCUUCAAAAAAUGGCUGGAGGAGCAGCCAGGAUGGAAGGGAAUCUUCCAGCCAAAUUAAGAAAAAUGAACUCUGAUCGUUUCACAUAACAAAACACCCCCUUAGGCAUUAUUUAAUGUUUUGAGUUAGUAAUAGUCCAAUAUUUGGCUGAAGAGAUAAUCCUCCCUAAGAAAUCUGAAAGAUAUAUUUCUCCCCCAGUCUAAUUAGCAUAUUUGAGAACUCUUUAUUCCCAAGUAUUGCUACUGUGCAGAAAGGAAAAUCAGGAAGGGAGAACAUCAUAAGGAAGCUGUUAAUGGGCAUGUAUUAUCACAUCAAGCAUGCAAUAAUGUGAAAAUUUUGCAUUUAGUUUUAUGGCAUGAUUUAUAUAUGUCAUAUUUAUAUUGUAUAUUCUGGAAAAUAUAUACAAAUAUAUAUUUAAAGGAGAGGUAGUCUCCCUAUCAUUUCUAACACAUGUAUUAAGCCAAACAUGAGUGGAUAGCUUUCAGGGUGAUAAAACUACACACACACAUACAUGUGUGUGUGUAUAUAUAUAUAUAUAUAUAUAUAUAUAUAUAUAUAUAUAUAUAUAUAUAUAUAUAUAUAUAUACAUCCAUGUACACAUACAUACAUAUAUAUCUGAUAAAAAUUGUGAUGUUUUGUUCAAAGUUGUAGUUCUUGUGCAUGUUUACUUUAUUAGACUAGGAAGGCUACUGGCAUUAAUUAUUAAUACCAAAUAUUUUAGCCUUAAAUUAUUUGUCAUUUAAAAAUCUGAUUUAAUGUUUUCUGCUGUUCAAGGUCAUAGAAGGUUCAAUUGUGUUUUAUCAUGAGAAGGUCACAAAAGUUUGCUAUUUACAGCCCUGCAAAAGUAUUGCCUUAUACAUUUGACUUGUAAAUUUUAGAGCAUACCAAUACCUGGUAUAUCAUUGAAAUUUUCUCAUGAUUUUAAAAGUUGCUAGUACUGGGGGGAAAUUAGUGCUGAUUUAUUUGAGAAUUAGUUCUUUCCUGGACUAAUUAAAAUCUGGAAAUCUGUUUUGUACAUGGUAUAAUACAAAUAUGAGCUCUGAACAAAUGCUAAAUCAUUGUUAAUAAUCAGUAGCCAGGUUCUAUUUGAAUAUAUAAGAAUUUGUGUAAAAUGACAUAGUCCCUGUUUCAAACAGAAUCAAUUGGAAAUGUUUUCACUCCUAUUCUGGAAUUUUUCUGUCCAUUUAAAAAACAAAAAAAUAUCUUUAAGGGAAUGCAAUAAGGCAAUGAAACAGAUGAUAAAUACUUAUGCUUAAAAUAUGUAUGUCUAAUUGAGUCUCUUUUUAUGCUGUUCUCGUUUAUGACAUUUGUUGUAAGAAGAGAGAUUUUUUUUUUCAUACCUGGGAACUGUCCCAGACCUGUCACUUAUAGUUCAGGAAGAUUGUCUGGAUAGACCUGAAAGAAAUUAAAAUUAGAUGAAUUGAAGAUAACUUACACACAGUUCUUCUUGAUGAGCACUGAUUUUAUUGGUAUCUUGGAUCCCUGGCCUACUCAGUUUUAGCAGUACGAUAUUUAUAACCCCAAUGGUCAUACACAUUAUUGGGAAUCAAAAUUAUUGAUCAGUAGAACACAUUCAAAAUAAGAUUUGAAGUGCAAAUGUUUUAUGAAAAGUUAGAAGUGUUCCUUAUUAGAAUAUUACAACUUUUCCUCCAAAACUUCUUUGGGCAUUGCAAUCUAAUUCUGCACAGAAAUACUCCACUUCUGACUAAUGUGCAAAUCACUAAUAGCUGGUUUGGGCUCCCAUCAUUUGCUAUUUUUUAGCAAUCCUGUGAUGAUUUUAUUAUUGGCAAAUUAUUACAUCAAUGAUUCUAUCAUUAACUAUAAUAAUAUCUUCUGGCUACCUCUAUAUCAACCAAAUUCUGUAGGUGCAAACAUAUACCAGGGAAUUGUUACUGGCAAAAUGAUCAACCUUGAAUAUUCAUCCACUGUGAAAAGAGCGGUGGCCCUACCCCUUGAUUAUUAAACUUUCUUAUUUGCUGGAUGUAGGAAAUGAGAUAGUAGCAGAGAAAAGGGCCUAAGAGGCAUGGCAUACUCUAUUUAUUAGCAGUGGAAGAAACUGCAUAGAUCAUUUAGUCUAACACCUUAAAACUAAACAGAGCCAUAAUUUACUUUGGAGGGUCAUUUAAAUUUGUUUUUGGUACCAAGAAGAAGAACCAAAAACAAAAUCUUUGAAUGUAUUCAUUCAUUCAACAAAAGUUUGCAUGCCUUCCAUGUCCUGGGCAAUUUUUACUUCCUGGGGAUUUGAACAUGACUAAGAGGAUGUCAUUGUUCAUCAUGGACACAGCAUACCAGUAGGUGGGAGGGGUAGAAACAGACAAAAAAACAAACAAGACAAUUUCAGAUAGUCAAAAUGGCAAAAGAAUGAAAACAGGGUAAUGAUGGCCAAUGACUGUGUGGGGUAAGAAUUGAGUAUUUAAAUAGAGAUGACUAGCUUUGGGAGGUGAGUCGUAUUUGGAUAGAGACCUGAAUGAUGAGGAGUUCCUGUUGCCAAAACUGAUUAAUCAAAGUGAAUGACAUUUUUUUUUAUCUUUUCCACAUGUGUGGGAAAGGUACAAUUUCUGCAUGUAAUUGCAGUUUAACCCCUAUUUCUAGGUUGAUCAUAGAUCCCAGUUUACCCAGGAAAAUUCCAGUUUAUACCUGUUGUAUUUGUGUAAUUAUUAGUAGCAUUCUCUUUCACUCCUAUAAUGUCUGGUUUGGAUGAUAUAUGGCAAAGUUUUUGUUGAAACUAUAUUAUAAAGUCUGAUAUAUUUGGAUAAAAAUAAAGAAUUGCUUUUCUUCUCUUUUUGCUCAUUUUUUUUUUUGACAUGGAUCAGUCCAAGCAAAAUCAUCUCAGCUUCGUAUAGUUCCUAAAGGACUUCUUAUUAAAGUGGUUUCAUGUAACAUUUGUUCACUCUGUAUGUGACAUGUCUCUUGGCAGUGAAAAGUUACUCAUUUUAUUAAAUGAAUAAAAAACUAAAUCUCAGUAUUUCCAUUUCAGGAAGUUGUAAGAGCUCAAAUCAAAGAGUCAUAGUCAAUUUAAACCAAUUUUCAUUUCACCAAUGUGCUGGCUAUUGGAAAGCAAAGCGUAAUGUGAUCAUUGAACUGAAUCACUCCACUUAACAACUAGAAAACUUGUCCUUUUUGUAGCAUUUUAAUAGUAUAUCUCUUGUUAUAGUAAAAUAUUUCAUUCUAUUUAUCAAAAUGUUGUAAAUAAAAGAAUUAUUUUGAUAAUGCUGAUCCUUAUUCUUUUCAGCAAUAUGUGAAUAUACAUUGUAAAUAUAUACUAAAUGAAAAAUAAUAAUUAUUUCUGAAAAAUUAUUCUUAUGCUGUUUUAAAUUCAUGCAUACAUGGCUUUAAAUAUCAUGAAAAAUAUUCAGUUGUCUCAGCAUUCAAAACCAUCUUUGUCUGAACAGGAUGGGUUUCCAUCAUGCAUUAUUAUUAUUGGAGGGAGACUGAGGUCAUGCGGAAGCUGACUUACAUCCUUCAUGUAUAAUGAAAAAUUUCCACAGUUCCUUACUAGCAGAGGGUUUGGCACAGUAUGUCUAUGAACUCUACUUCAAAAUUUAUGCUUGAAUUAUGUUGUACAUACUCAAAUUAUUAUCAAACUAAUUGCAUUUUUUUGGCAUGCAAUCUAUAAUUAUUUAAAUGUACAAGGUCAUUUAGGUUACAGAAAUAUAAAACUCAUGUAUUCAGUACUGCAAGUUCAGUUUUAUAAAAACCAUAUUAAACUUUUGAAACAUCAA